UGUGAGAGCAUUUGUGUCGCGUUGGUGACGGGGACACCAUAACAAACCCUAUCGCGCAAAGGCUCCUCUAUUGGGCUCGUAGGCGCGCUCCCUCUUCAACUCGGCAGCAAUGCCAAGCGGACAGGAAAAGGAUAGCAGGAUCUAAUAAUGACUGAUGAUCGGCGGUACACGUUUUAUAAUUUAUACCGACUCCCUCCCCAUCACAGCAUUCCCGUAUGUAUGUUAUCAGCCGGGUGGCAUCGGCGGAAUCGAACGUUCCAGAGGUUGCUGGUGCGUGGAGAGGGAAAGAAAGAUAAACAAGGAACUAGAAGAGGGUUCGUGGAAAAAUGCCUCGCACCAUCCGGAUAAGCGGCCCCGUUCAUUGAAUCGUCAGACCCACACAGGAACAUUAGCAAACGGCGACAAUGACGAUUUUCCAUUUCUUUUGUUUUGUUUUGCUUAAUCAUUUUCCAUACCCUUAGAGGUUCAAGGUCAAUGGCGAGCAGAUGAUAGGGGGCACCCGACACUUAGUCAUGGGGAAAGUCCACCAAGCGUCCAUCCAAGUCUAAAAUCGCGUGACCGGUGGUCGGGUCGGAUGGGGAUUAUGUUUAAAUGAUUGAUUUCGUUUUUCUUUUUGCACCAAUGCGGUGAACCAAACAAAAAAACAUGGUUUGAAAUCCAUUUGCAGCACUAGAAUGUGGGGAAUGGAUAAUCGCUACAAAUAUGUUUCGAUUUUUUUUUACUAAACAUUUAUGUACCCCACGCGCCUGUGUGUCUAUCGCCUGUACUUUCGUUUACGGGGUAUCGUUCAACCUUGACCUAUAUCUAUAAUGGAUUUCCCGAUCCAUCGGAUUCGUGUACAUGGGAAUGGUAAUGUUUACCCUUUUUCCAUAUACCAUUGAACAAAUAUUUACGGCAAACUAUUUAACAAACAGUAAUAAUACACAUGCGUGGUUUUCAAAACUGUACAGCGAGUGACGCAAAUGUGUCUUUUCGGUAUUAAAAAACACGCGACUUUAAAGGCAUUUACAGUACACUAACAUAGUGUAGUGGCUUCGGCCCUAUAUAAUCAGAGGUGAUCUAUCAUCAACCCACCCGUAACAGGACCGCUGUAACAAAGCCACCCAUUCGGCUAACGAUAAUUUCUAAAGCACUGUGUAGCCUUUCACCUACAGUCGCCCCAUAUCCUAUUGCAGGCUAGAUGUAACACGCACACGGAAAGCGGAAAUGGCGUGCAGCAGCAUUUCUUCUCGCUCGUUAUUACGCCGAGCGGUUCGUCAGUUUUCACAAACGCGGCACUAACAAUCGCCUCCCCCCUGACCCGGUCAAACGGAGCCAAAUAUGAUGCCGUGCUAAAUUAUUCACCCACCAAGCGGCGAUUCGUUAGUUUCACUACAGAGCGACCGAUGAUGGGCGAGAACGUGAAGGUGGUAGUGCGGUGCCGGCCGAUGAACAAGCGGGAACAGCAAUCAAACUGCAAGAGCGUUAUACAAAUCGACAACUCAUUGGUAAAUCUAGACAAUCCGAACGAUCCGAACGCGUCGCAGAAAUCGUUCCAGUUCGACAACGCGUACGGUUAUGCGGCCACGACGGAGAACAUUUACAGCGACAUUUGCUACUCGCUGGUGGAGAGCGUCCUGGAAGGAUACAAUGCCACGAUAUUUGCCUACGGCCAGACGGGUUGCGGCAAAUCGCACACGAUGCAAGGGACGACCUACAACCUGUCCGCGGCCGAUCCGAACAAUGCGAACAACAUCGGCAUCAUACCGCGCUCGUUCGAGCACAUCUUCGAAGCGAUCUCGCUGGCCAGCGAGGUACGUUAUCUGGUGCUGGUUAGCUAUCUGGAGAUUUACAACGAAACGAUACGGGACCUGCUGCAGCCGCAGUCACCCGCCGCAACGGCCAGCACCUUACAGAUCAAGGAAGUGCCUGGGGAGGGCGUGAUGGUGCAGAACCUUUCCCUGCACACCGUGCACGGGAUGAAGGAGUGCAUCGAGCUGCUGGAGGCCGGUGCAAAGAAUCGGAUGGUCGGUGCAACGCUCAUGAACAUCGAAAGCUCCCGUUCGCACUCCAUCUUCAGCAUCAGCCUGGAGCAGAUGUCGACCAGCGUGGAAGCGGACAGCGGGGUAGCGAUCAAGCGCGGCAAGCUGAAUUUGGUCGAUCUGGCGGGAUCGGAACGGCAGAGCAAAACCGGCGCCACGGGUGACCGGUUGAAGGAGGCGACAAAGAUCAAUCUUUCACUGUCCGCGCUCGGCAACGUCAUAUCGGCACUGGUCGAUGGCAAAACGAGACACAUUCCGUACCGGGAUUCGAAGCUUACGCGGCUGCUGCAGGACUCGCUCGGGGGCAAUACGAAAACGCUGAUGAUAGCGUGCAUCUCACCGGCCGACUACAACUACGACGAAACGCUGUCCACGUUGCGGUACGCUAGCAGGGCGAAAAACAUUGCCAACAAGCCGCGCGUGAACGAGGAUCCGAAGGAUACGAUGCUGCGCGAGUACCAGCAGGAGAUUAUGCGUCUCAAGGAGUUGUUAAAGGGCGAGGGAAGUACCCCACCGGCCGCGGUAAAUGGGCACUACGACGCGAACGGGUUGGAUGCGGAAAAGCAAGCACUCAGAUCGCAGUACGAUCAGGAGGUGACGCAUCUGCGCCGCGAGUACGAGCAGCAAAGGAUCGCCAAACAGGAGCUGGUGAAGGAUAUCGAGAAGAUAAAGGCGUACUACGAGCAGCAAAUGCAGCUGCUCACCUCGAGCCGGCAGCAAGCAGCGGACGCCGAGCAGCUUCGGCAGAGUACACCGGCCGUGGCCCUUGCCGGGCGGGAUCGUAAGGAAAUCUACGAUCGCAUCAAGCAAAUCAAGGACGCACUGAUCGGGGGCGAGCGAGCGAACGACAUACAGCUGAAGGAGAAGCGGUACCGCAACAAGCUGGCGUCCGAGAAGCGGAUCAACGCGCUGGCCCAGGCCCUCGGGCGGAUCGAGCAGUCGGCGGAUCGCGAUCUGCUCCAGGGCCACUACUCCGACAUACAGCAGGAGCUUAAGGUGCGCUGCGAGCAGAUAAGGGCCCUGCGCAGGCGCACCAAACUGCUCGAGCAGGAAGUGUCCGACAUUCAGGGCGAGUUUCAGCGCGAACGGGACGACUAUCUGGCCACGAUACGGCUGCUCGAGAAGAAGGUUCUGUUUUACGAGACCGUCUUUCAAAAGGCAAUGCCCGUGCUGCGCAAGGAUGGCCGAUACUGGAAUCUGGAGUGUUUGGAGCGCGAAUCGGAGUGGAACGAUGAUUUGCGCAAGUGGCGGUUGCCGGAUGAUACGCUGCUAAGGUUGCGCUUACCGCCGGCAGAAACGCCACCGCCAGCACCUUCACCACCACCGUCGGAUGUUUCAUCGCCCGGGAAGUUGAAUGGGCGCGAAAGCCAAACGUCCCUGACCGCACCGGGUCGGUUGGAGCGCAGCUCCACCAUGUUUCUUGCCAAAUUGCCCGAAUUCCAGCAGCACGACCGGAAGCCGCCAGACGAGCAGCCGCAGCGCAAAGGUGAUUUCCUCAGCAAAAGCACCAACAGCAAUCCCUUUCCGAAGAUUGAGGACGUUGCGAUGACUUACUUUCGGCCGCGGCGGGCCGCCGAGCUGGUGUACAAAAGUGGGUGGCGAUCUUUGCAAAAAUGAUGACGAUGAGGAUGGGUGAUCGUUGUGUUGCGCUAUUACGCUUUCGUGUUUUGGAGAAUAUGUGGAGAGAUUUUGAGAGAGAUUGUUAUUUGAUUAAUAUUUUAUUUACCGUGUUUUCUUUUGUAUAAUAAACAAUUACCUUUGAAAGCUCCUGUUAA